AUUUCACUUCAGGCCAGUGACAGCCCGAGGUACACACGUUUACAUUACAUAGUGGCAAUAUUUUGUAAAUUAUUACGCGAAACAACUUUCGUAACUUUCCAAUUAGAAUUAGAAUGAAAUAGUAUAAUUAAACAGUAAUAAUGGUAGAUGAAGGUACUAGGAAAACGUUGAGCAGUAUACCCUUGCUUCAAACUAAAGCUGGGCCCAGGGACAAGGAAUUAUGGACCACUAGGUUGAAAGAAGAAUAUCAGGCUCUUAUUAAGUACGUCCAAAACAACAAGGCAGCUGACAAUGACUGGUUCAGGCUGGAGUCUGACAAAACCGGUACCAAGUGGUUCGGCAAGUGCUGGUACGUGCACAACCUGCUCAAGUAUGAGUUCGAUUUAGAGUUUGACAUUCCAAUAACAUACCCGACAACAGCUCCGGAGUUGGCAUUACCCGGUUUGGACGGUAAAACAGCUAAGAUGUACCGCGGAGGCAAGAUAUGCUUGACGGACCACUUCAAGCCGCUGUGGGCACGGAAUGUGCCUAGAUUUGGUAUCGCACACGCCAUGGCUUUGGGGCUCGGACCCUGGUUAGCUGUGGAAAUACCGGAGCUGAUUGAGAAGGGAGUUGUAACAUACCAAGAGAAAUCCGAAGAAGCGAAGUAAUAGAACAAUAUACAUAUAUAAUAUAAUACAUUGUACAUACACAUAUAAAUAUGAUACAGAAAUAUAUAUUAUGUUUUGAUAUAAA